GCGCACUGGGCUCGUCGCGACCGGUGGCGCUGUGCCCAAGAUGGCGGCCGUGCUACAGCAGGUCUUGGAGCGGGCCGAGAUCGCCAAACUAUCCAAGCCGGUGCAGGGGAAGCUGGAGCGUUUUCUGGCAGACCAACAGAGCGAGAUCGAUGGGCUGCGAGCCAGGCAUGAGCGCUUCAAGGUGGACAGCGAACAACAGUACUUUGAAGUAGAAAAGCGUCUGGCUCAAAGUCAAGAGAGACUUGUAAAUGAGACACAAGAAUGUCAAAAUCUCCGUGAGGAGCUUAAAAAACUUCAUGAACAGCUGAAGUUGCUGAAUGAGAAAAAUAAAGAGCUUGAAGCUGCUCAGGAUCAUAAUGCAGCCAUUCAGAGCCAUUUAACUAGAGAAAAAGAAGAACUGGAAGCUGAAAAGAGAGAUUUGGUUCGAUCAAGUGAAAGACGAUCUCAGGAAGUUGAACAUUUAAAUGAGGAUGUUAAACGCUUAAAUGAAAAGCUUACAGAAGCAAAUACAGAGAAAGUAAAACUUCAGCUGAAGUUGGAUGAACUUCAAACAUCAGAUGUUACUGUGAAAUACCGUGAGAAAAGGUUGGAACAAGAAAAAGAACUACUGCAGAGUCAAAACACUUGGCUGAACUCAGAGCUGAAAGCCAAAACAGAUGAACUUCUACAUACUGCCAGGGAGAAAGGCAGUGAAAUCUUGGAACUUAAAUGUAACUUGGAGAACAAGAAGGAGGAGGUUUCCAGGAUGGAAGAACAGGUAAACAGCUUAAAGCAGUCAAAUGAAAAUUUUCAGAAGCAUGUGGAAGACCUUUUGAAUAAACUGAAGGAGGCAAAAGAACAACAAGCUGGUAUGGAGGAAAGAUUCCACAGUGAGCUGAAUGCUCACAUCAAGUUAUCAAAUUUGUAUAAGAGUGCUGCUGAUGACUCUGAGGCAAAGAGCAAUGAACUGACAGGUGCAGUAGAAGAGCUGCACAAGCUUCUGAAGGAAGCAGGUGAAGCUAAUAAAGCAGCCCAGGAACACUUGGCCGAAGUGGAAGAGGCAAAAAAUGUCAUGGAAAAAGAAUUGAGAGAGAAGAUAAGUAAGCUGGAAAAGGAGCUAGAGAAUGCUAACGAUCUACUGUCCGCAACAAAACGUAAAGGAGCCAUAUUGUCUGAGGAGGAACUGGCAGCCAUGUCUCCCACUGCUGCAGCAGUAGCAAAAGUAGUAAAACCUGGAAUGAAAUUAACGGAGCUCUACAAUGCAUAUGUAGAAACUCAGGAUCAAUUGCUUUUGGAAAAGUUGGAGAAUAAGAGAAUCAAUAAAUAUUUGGAUGAAAUUGUACAGGAGGUUGAAGCCAAAGCACCAAUUCUGAAACGUCAACGUGAGGAAUUUGAGCGUUCCCAAAGAGCUGUUGCUAGUCUAUCUGCAAAGCUUGAACAAGCUAUGAAGGAAAUCCAGAGGUUGCAGGAGGAUACUGAUUCGGCCAAUAAGCAGACCUCUCUGCUUGAAAGAGAAAAUCAGAGACUGGAAAUACAAGUGAAAGACCUUUCACAGCAGGUUCGUGUGCUGUUAAUGGAACUUGAGGAAGCUAGAGGCAAUCAUGUUAUUCGUGAUGAAGAAGUCAGCUCUGCUGAUAUCAGUAGCUCUUCUGAAGUAAUAUCUCAACACCUAGUGUCCUACAGAAAUAUUGAAGAACUUCAGCAGCAGAAUCAGCGUCUCCUGGUGGCUCUUAGGGAGCUGGGAGAGACUAGAGAAAAAGAGGAGCAAGAAGCAACAUCAUCCAAAAUUUCUGAGCUUCGGAGUCAACUUGAUGAAGCUCUCCAUGAGCUAGAAAAACUGCGUGAAUCACGUCACCAUCAGUUGCAGCUUGUUGAGUCAAUCGUUCGUCAGCGUGACAUGUUUCGCAUAUUGUUGGCACAGACCACAGGAGCUGUCAUUCCUUUGCAAGCAUCUGGUAUGUUGUCGGAAGAGAUUUCUCUUACAACUACUCCGAAGCGCCCAAGUAUGCCUCAGGCCAUGUCAACUCCUGCUCCAGUUUCAAUGAGUGAGUCAGUGGAGGCCGUAGAGGCUAAGGCUGCACUUAAGCAGUUGCAGGAAGUUUUUGAGAACUAUAAAAAAGAAAAAGCAGAGAAUGACAAGUUGCUGAAUGAACAAAAUGAAAAGCUUCAGGAGCAAGUCACAGAAUUGAGGUCACAAAAUGCAAAGAUAUCCACACAGUUGGAGUUCGCCUCCAAGCGUUAUGAGAUGCUGCAGGAUAAUGUUGAAGGCUAUCGUCGAGAAAUAACAUCUCUACAUGAAAGAACCCAGAAACUCACAGCAACAACUCAGAAGCAAGAACAGAUCAUUAACACUAUGACUCAAGACCUGAGAGGUGCUAAUGAAAAACUGGCAGUAGCAGAAGUGAGAGCAGAAAAUCUAAAAAGAGAGAAAGAUAUCUUGAAAAUGUCGGAUGUGCGCUUGACUCAGCAACGUGAAUCUCUACUGGUUGAACAAAGAGGACAGAACUUGCUACUUACUAAUUUGCGAACUAUUCAGGGAAUACUGGAGAGGUCUGAGACAGAAACAAAACAAAGACUCAAUAAUCAGGUAGAAAAGCUGGAGCGUGAGAUAUCUCAGCUAAAGAAGAAACUAGAAAGUGAGGUGGAACAAAGACAUGCUCUUACCAAAAAUCAGGAGGUUCAUAUCCUGGAUCUUAAGAGGCAGCUGGAGACUGAGACAAACCGUCACAUUAGCACAAAGGAGCUUUUGAAGAAUGCCCAGAAAGAAAUUACAGUGUUGAAACAACAGCUUAAUAAUACAGAGGCUCAGCUAGCAUCUCAGUCAUCACAGAGGGCUCCAGGGAAAGGUCAGCCUGGUACAAGUGAAGAUGUGGAUGAUCUUGUAAGUCGACUCAGACAAGCUGAUGAACAAGUCAAUGACCUAAGAGAAAGACUCAAGACUAGUUCUAGUAACGUGGAACAGUACAGGGCCAUGGUUCUUAGUCUAGAGGAAUCUCUUAAUAAGGAAAAACAAGUGACAGAAGAAGUUCGUGCAACAGUUGAAGCUCGUCUGAAGGAGUCUUCAGAGUAUCAAGCACAGCUGGAAAGGAAGUUGAUGGAGUCAGAAAAAGAAAAGCAGGAACUUCAAGAGGAAAAGCGUAAAGCUGUGGAGAAUAUGGAGCAGCAGCUGUCAGAACUAAAGAAGAGCAUGUCAACUUUGCAGUCAGAAGUUCAGGAAGCCCUUCAGAGGGCUAGCACAGCUCUAAGUAAUGAACAGCAAGCAAGACGGGACUGCCAGGAACAAGCGAAAAUGGCUUCUGAAGCUCAGAAUAAAUAUGAACGUGAAUUAAUGCUUCAUGCUGCUGAUGUUGAGGCAUUACAGGCUAUUAAAGAACAAGCUGCCAAGAAUACAGCAGUAAAGCAGCAGCUAGAGGAAGCUGCACAGAAAGCUGAGUCUACAUUGUUAGAAUGCAAAGCCUCCUGGGAAGAGAGAGAGAGAAUGAUGAAGGAUGAAGCUUCAACACUUGCAUCCCGCUGUGAAGACUUGGAAAAACAAAAUCGAUUAUUACAUGAGCAACUGGAAAGUCUGAGUGACAAGUUGGUGACCUCUAUGAAAGAAGCCAUGCCAGCUGCAUUAAAUGUUUCUCUCAAUGAGGAAGGGAAAUCCCAGGAACAAAUUUUAGAAAUUCUUAGAUUUAUACGUCGAGAAAAGGAGAUUGCAGAAACUAGAUUUGAGGUGGCCCAGGUGGAAAGUUUGCGUUAUCGCCAGAGAGUGGAGCAUCUGGAAAGAGAACUCCAGGAACUGCAAGACAGUCUCAAUGCAGAGAGAGAGAAGGUGCAGGUAACAGCAAAAACCAUUGCGCAACAUGAGGAAUUAAUGAAGAAAACAGAAACCAUGAACGUACUGAUAGAAACCAACAAGAUGCUAAGAGAAGAGAAAGAGAGACUAGAACAAGAGCUACAACAAAUGCAAGCAAAGGUACGCAAGCUUGAGGCAGACAUUCUGCCUCUACAAGAGUCUAACGCUGAACUGAGUGAGAAAAGUGGAAUGUUGCAGGCAGAGAAAAAGCUUUUGGAAGAAGAUGUCAAACGCUGGAAAACCCGGACACAGCAUUUGUUGAGUCAACAGAAGGACACAGAUCUUGAAGAAUAUCGGAAGCUACUUUCUGAGAAGGAGGCAAAUACCAAGCGUAUACAACAAAUGAGUGAAGAAACAGGCAGGCUUAAAGCUGAAAUAGCCAGAACUAAUGCAUCCUUGACUACAAACCAGAGUCUUCUUCAGAAUUUGAAGGAUGAAGUAGCCAAAAUAAGAACAGAGAAGGAAACUUUGCAGAAAGAACUAGAUGCUAAAGUGGCUGAUAUACAGGAAAAAGUGAAAACUAUAACACAGGUCAAGAAAAUUGGGCGCAGAUACAAGACUCAGUAUGAGGAGUUGAAAGCACAAUAUGAUAAGAUGGUUGCCGAAGCAGCAACGCAGUCUUUAGUAGAACAACAAGAAGAACAAGUUUCUGUCCAGGAAGUACAAGAGCUGAAAGACUCUCUCAGUCAAUCUGAAGGAAAGACAAAGACUUUGGAGAAUCAGGUUGAAAAUUUACAAAAGACUAUAGCAGAAAAGGAAACUGAAGCUAGAAAUCUUCAGGAGCAGGUAUCACAGCUACAGUCAGAACUUGCUCGUUUUCGUCAAGAUCUGCAAGAGAAGACUACACAGGAGGAACAGCUUAGGCAACAAAUCACUGAGAAGGAAGAGAAAACUAGGAAAACCUUCCUUGCGGCCAAGCAGAAAAUUGCGCAGUUAGCUGGUACAAAAGAACAGCUAACGAAAGAAAAUGAAGAGUGGAAGCAAAAGAGCAAUUCAUUAGAAGAGCAGAAGACUGAAUUGGAAGUACGGAUGAGUGCACUCAAGUCACAAUAUGAAGGUCGAAUCUGCCGUCUGGAAAGAGAGCUUAGAGAACAGCAAGAGCGACACCAUGAACAGCGAGAUGAACCACCAGAAUCUACAAAUAAGGUUCCAGAGCAGCAGAGGCAAAUUUCACUCAAGUCUGCUCCAGCUUCAGGUGAAAGAGGAAUUGCUAGCACUUCAGAUCCACCAACAGCAAAUAUUAAGCCAACACCAGUUGUGUCAACUCCAAGUAAAGUGACUGCUGCUGCUAUAGCUGGGAAUAAGUCUACUCCAAGAGCUAGUAUCCGUCCAAUGGUUACUCCUGCUACCGUCACUAAUCCUACCACUACUCCAACAGCUACAGUUAUGCCUACGACACAAGUGGAGACUCAGGAAGCUAUGCAGUCAGAAGGACCUGUGGAGCAUGUUCCUGUCUUUGGAAGCACUAGUGGUUCUGUGCGUUCCACCAGUCCUAAUGUUCAGACAUCUCUCUCUCAGCCCAUCUUGACUGUUCAGCAGCAGACUCAAGCAACUGCUUUUGUGCAGCCCACUCAGCAAAGUCAUCCUCAGAUUGAGCCCGCUAAUCAGGAGCCAUCCCCUGCCAUUGUAGAAGUUGUACAGAGUUCUCAAAUGGAGAGGCCGUCCACUUCUACAGCAAUGUUUGGCACAGUUUCAGCUACCCCAAGUUCUUCACUGUCUAAACGUCCACGAGAGGAAGAGGAGGAUAACACUGUGGAAAAUUCAGACCAAAUAUCAGAGGAAGCGGUGGAUGUACCUCUUCCUAAGAAACUGAGGACCAUACAGAGGGUUGGACCUGAGGAGGAAGUGACAGCAGAAGAAAGCACUGAUGGUGAAGUAGAAGCUCAGACAUACAAUCAAGACUCACAGGACUCUAUUGGAGAAGGUGUUACACAGGGAGAGUACGCUCCAAUGGAGGAUAGUGAAGAAACUUCUCAGUCUAUUCCAAUAGACCUUGGGCCUCUACAGUCAGAUCAGCAAAAUACUACUUCAUCUCAGGAUGGUCAGUCCAAGAGAGACGAUGUAAUUGUGAUUGAUAGUGAUGAUGAAGAUGAUGAUGAUGAUGAAAAUGAAGGCGAGCAAGAAGAUUAUGAAGAUGAGGAAGAGGAAGAUGAAGAUGAUGAUGAAGACACUGGGAUGGGAGAUGAAGGUGAUGACAGUAAUGAAGGAUCUGGUAGUGCUGAUGGCAAUGAUGGGUAUGAAGCAGAUGAUGCUGAGGGUGCUGAUGGUACUGAUCCUGGUACAGAAACUGAGGAGAGCAUGGGAGGAGGUGAAAGCAACCAGAGGGCAGCGGAUUCUCAAAACAACUGUGAAGGAAGUACAAGUGCAGCAGAGUCCACUUUUACUCAUGAAAGUUCUAGAGAACAGCAGCCAUCAUCUGCCUCAGAGAGACAGGCCCCCCGACCACCACAGUCACCACGCCGACCACCACAUCCAUUGCCUCCACGAUUAACUAUUCAUGCUCCUCCUCAAGAACUAGGUCCCCCUGCACAGAGAAUUCAGAUGACUCGAAGACAGUCGGUGGGACGUGGACUUCAGCUGACUCCUGGUAUAGGUGGGAUGCAGCAGCACUUCUUUGAUGAUGAGGACAGAACAGUUCCAAGCACACCAACUCUAGUCGUUCCACAUCGUACAGAUGGAUUUGCUGAAGCAAUUCAUUCCCCUCAGGUAGCUGGAGUUCCUAGAUUCAGAUUUGGACCCCCUGAAGAUAUGCCACAAACUAGUUCAAGUCAUUCUGACCUCGGUCAGCUUGCUUCACAAGGAGGUUUGGGAAUGUAUGAAACCCCACUCUUCCUUGCACAUGAGGAAGAAUCAGGUGGUCGUAGUGUUCCAACAACACCCUUACAAGUAGCAGCACCAGUUACAGUCUUUACUGAAAGUACAUCAGCUGACGCUUCAGAGCAUGCUUCUCAGUCUGUUCCUAUGGUUACUACAUCUACUGGCAAUCUGUCCACAACUACAGAGACUGGAGCAGGCGAUGAUGGGGAUGAAGUUUUUGCAGAGGCUGAAUCUGAAGGAAUUACUUCGGAAGCUGGCCUAGAAAUUGAUAGUCAGCAAGAAGAGGAAUCUGUUCAAGCAUCUGAUGAGUCAGAUCUUCCUUCAACAAGUCAGGAUCCUCCAUCUAGUUCAUCAGCAGACACAAGCAGUAAUCAGCUUAAGCUGUUUCGACGUGUAAGGCUUCAGCCACCAACAUUAAGAACUGGUGUUCGUGGUCGUCAGUUCAACAGACAGAGGGGUAAGUGUUCACAGCUUUUUUUCCCUAUCGAACUAGUCUUUAAUACUUUGUUCCUUCAGCGACUAUAUAUGUCCUACUUUCUAUGCAUAUGUUUGUUUGUAAAUCAGGAAUAAAACAUCCCAGUCCUGGCUUUCAAUGUGUUAUCCUAAAAGCUGUAAUAAGCAAACAUGUUAUGUGGCACUUGGUUCUUACCAAUAGAGAAAAGGUGAAUGGCAAUAAAUCUUACACUUGAAAAUUUUUAAAAAGGCUUUAAAAAUAUUUUGAGGGCAUAUGUUAAAACCAAGGGUUUUUUUAACUUUACUUGUCAGCAUUUUAAAAAAUCCUUAGUCAAAUUUUAUUCCAUUUAGUAUUAUUUUAAUGUUUUAUUUAAUGUAGUAGCAUUAAAAUACAUGAAAUUUUUGUAAGAAGUGAGGUUGAUGACUUUGGAUAGAUUUUCCUAAUCAUUUAUCACCCUUUGUUUUAAUAACCAAAAGAAUGCCGUAUUUGUACUUUUGACAAAGAGCCUGAGGUAAAAUCUUUAGUCAACCACGUUUUCCUAAUGACAGAAGUAUAAUGUAGCCAUAUCAGCAAAGUCUAAGGGAGUAAGAGGGAGAUUGAGUUUUCCAGAUAGGAAGUGUCCCAUUUCAGUAGCAAUUCCUUACAGGAGGAUGAAACAUCAGAUGCAUCAAUGUUUGAUUAAAUGGCUGAGAAGUAUUUCUAUUAAUGCAUUUGUUUUCUUUCUCAACACAGGUGUAACUCAUGCAAUGGGAGGCAGAGGAGGCCUGAACAGAGGCAAUAUUAGUUAAAUGAUCUGUAAUUACAGCUGUGUAUACAAAUGUGCCAGUUUGCCUGCAGUUAGUUUAGUGUAAUGAAUGCUUAAAGCAGCAUUUUAUACUUAGAUUUGUGUGCACACAUUUCAAUGUCUUUAUUAAUAAAAUUAGACAAACUGUCAACAUUCAAAUGGUAUCUUUUCUAAAACAUCCUCUGCUCUGCAUCACUUUUCAGGACAGUUAUACCAGUCUUUAGAUACAGUCUUUCCCGUGAGAGCAGUAACAGGUCUUGCUAUUCUUUUGCCCACAUCCAAGCUGUAGUACCGAUCUGAAAUGAAUAGACAGCAGAAUUAAAUUUUAUAAACUACAAUCACUAUACAGAAAGAAUCUUGAAAAUAAACCCACCUUUUAAUUUUGUUAGGCAUGAAUAGCAGAUUUUCAUUCCUCAUCUAUACAAGGGUUUGAAAGGCUAUAAAAAUCCAUUUUUAGUCUCAGCUUUUUUGAUAUGUAGAUCUUUGUUUAGCUACAUUUAAUAGAUAUAAUACCACUAAUAAUUAAAUCUUCUACAAGAACAAGGAGUACAGAAGGAGACACUAGUACUGCUAGAACACAGAAAUAGUUUUAAGAAUUUAGAAACUGGAAACAAAACAGUCCUGCACCGGUUGUAAAAGUGGGAACUUCUGUGGUCCCUGAGUUUGAAUUACGUUAAGGUUGUCAAAUUAUUCUGGCAGAAACUUAUUUUAGUAUCCUCCUGUAUUUGGAUAUGUGUCUAAUACUUGUAACUUUUUUUCAAUGAAUAACCAAGAAAAUACUGAGGAAUGUUUUUAUCUCAUCCUGGCUAUAGGAGAAAGGUCUUCUUAAACUGGAACUAGAAAUAAUUAUUUCCCAGAAAAUUAAAUGGUUCGCGUUGCCAGUGAAAAACCCUAUCAAUGUGUAAUGGUCCAAGGCUUUUGAUAUUUGAUAUAUUUUGAUUAAUAUGAUUGUUCAUUUAAGUGUCAAGAUUUUUCUCUUUUUAUAAAUCUGAACUCUUAGGACAAUGCAUUCCACAACUGUAUAGUUUGAAUUACUGUACCUUGUUGCUACUAGCUGUUCUGUAACUCAAUUUUUGAAUAGAAAUAUCUCUCAAUUGUAGGCAGCGUUUUAUUUCUUAGGGCUUCUCAGUAGUGCUUGCUUAAAAUUAGUGAUGCAGAAUCACAAGUUGUAAUGUUAGAAAGCUCAGAGACUUCCUUCUUUCCUACUCAUUCGCCCCUUAGUCUUUUAAAUAAUAUGCAGUUAACUUAUAACUUGAAGUAACUUGUGUUAGCUUUAACUUACUGUAAGAGAACGCAUAAUAAUCAUAGCCGUCUGGCUUAUUGUAGUUGGGUACUGAUAUCGUCGAAUGGAUGACUUUGGGGAGCCCUCUCCAGUAGGCAGUCACUUUGACUUCCUUGCGCAAAACUCCUGCAAGCAAAAGAAAAGUUAGGAAGUGUCACAGUGUAUCUGCCAAAAGCUUUCAUUUAUUUGUAUUAUCUGGAGCAAACAAGAAUUAUUGGAUUGAGAAAAAAAUGAAGUACUAUAUUAGGAAAAAAAGUGGAACUGUGUUACAUAUCAGAAGCUUACACAAGAUUACAAUGGUUGUAUAAAAAACGAAUAAACAUAAAUUACCAGA